AAUAAUAAUAAUUUCUUGUGUUUAAUUUCUAAUUUCUUUUUAUUGUUGUGAUUUUAUUAUCGUGCUUAAAUAUCAUCGAUUAGAAUUAAUUGUGUGAGCUCUUUGGGUUCUAUAUAUAGACAACAAUUAAAUUUUUUAUUUUAUUAUUCAGAUAAACAACUGAUUAUCAAUCAUAAUGGCAACUCUUCUCAUUCAUCCAGACAGCGAAAUGCAAGAACGUAUUCGUUCUGAAUUAAAAGAAAAUGUCACCACACGGGAAAGUGAUUUACAAAUUAUUAAAGAAUGGCUUGCAAAAGAACCUCAUCUACCAGACACUUGGGAUGAUGAACGUAUAAUGACCUUUUUACGUGGUUGUAAAUUCAGUUUAGAAAAAUGCAAGAGAAAACUUGACAUGUACUUCACAAUGCGUAAUGCUUUACCUGAAUUCUUCUCAAAUCGAAACAUCAAACGUCCAGAGCUUCAAGAAAUCUGUAAAUAUAUAAACAUUCCACCAUUACCUGGUCUAACCCCAGAAGGUCGUCGUGUAAUUGUUAUGCGCGGUUUAGAUAAAGAUCAACCUACUCCAAUUGUAUCCGAUGCAAUGAAAAUUGUUUUGAUGAUUGGUGACAUUCGUUUAGCUGCCGAACAAAUUGGAGUUGCUGGUGAUGUUUACAUUUUAGAUGCUAGUGUUGCAACACCAACUCAUUUUGCUAAAUUCACACCUUCUGUUGUCAAGAAAUUCUUAGUUUGCGUUCAAGAAGCAUAUCCAGUUAAAUUGAAGGAAGUUCAUGUUGUGAAUGUAUCACCAUUGGUUGAUACAAUUGUCAAUUUCGUAAAACCAUUUAUUAAGGAAAAAAUCCGUAAUCGUAUUCACAUUCAUUCAGAUAUGGAAUCAUUACAUAAAUUUAUACCAAAAGAUGUCUUACCAGAAGAAUAUGGUGGUACUGCUGGCAAACUUCAAGUAUUCCAUGAUCAAUGGAUGAAAACUCUUGAAGAAUACCAACCAUGGUUUGACGAACAAGAAAAUAUUAAAGCCGAUGAAUCAAAACGUCCAGGCAAACCAAAGACACAAGAUGACUUAUUCGGAAUGGAAGGAAGUUUCCGACAACUUGUUAUUGAUUAAGUUCACAUAGAUUUAAUUUCAUUAAAAAAAAAAAUUAUGCUUACAUUAUGUAAGUUGCAUGCAUAUACGAUUUUGCCAAGCGCGGAAAAAACUCAAUUCUUUGAGCAUGGGCAAUAGACAAUAAAGAGGUUUUUCAUUAUUCUCCAUAAAUUUUGAUUUCUCAUGUUGUUAAAAUUUGUUUUCAUAACUUUUUUUGGGCAUGCCUUUUUUUCAUUAGAAUACUUGUAGCACGAUUUUCAUUAGCGUUAUUAUUGUUUUUUUUUUUCACGAAUUUUAU